AUGCUUACAACCAUGUCGCCCGCGCCCCUCUCGUCGGACGUCCUCCUCGCCGCCGUUGCGGGAACCGUGGUCGGAGCCGCCGUUGCUGCCGCCGCAUUUUCCGCCACCCGCUUCGCGCGCUCCCGAGCAUCCGCCGCCUCCGCUAGCAUUUCCCCGCCUGACGUGGCGCGCUGUCGCUGCGCCAGGUCGGCGGAGCCUGCGCAGGAGCGCGGGCAAGAGCGCGCUGAUAGGCCGGCGCAGUGCAGCCGCUGUCGUGAUUCUUGCGCCCCCUGCGAUAACCAGCGGAGCGAUUGCGCCGUUGGCGGAGGGCAGUGCGGGGAUACGCCGGUUGCGGAACCGAUAAUGUUGCGGAAAGGGGAAGGCCACGCGCAGGAAGAAUGCCACGCGCAAGGGGGAAGCCACGCGCAAGGGGAAGGACGCGCGCAGCACGUGGAUGAAAAUGCGAAAGAGAGCAGCGAAGAGCGGCACGGGAAUGGAGAGCAGCGAAGGAGAGACGUUGCCCCCCGGAUGGCGAUCACUCGUUGCGCCACGGUGGGAGGGUGCGCAGAGGUUGGGCGGGCGGCGGAGAGAGAAGGCGGGGAAAGGGAGGGGAAUGAGGGGAACGAUGGCGGAGCCGCGGAAGAAGGGACGGGGAAGCAACACCCGAAGAAAAACGAUCCCUAUGAUGCGAGGAAAAGGAACGGCACAUGUGUGCAUCCGGCCUCACAGCACAUGUGUGCAUCCGGCCUCACAGCACAUGUGUGCAUCCGGCCUCACAGCACAUGUGUGCAUCCGGCCUCACAGCACAUGUGUGCAUCCGGCCUCACAGCACAUGUGUGCAUCCGGCCUCACAGCACAUGUGUGCAUCCGGCCUCACAGCACAUGUGUGCAUCCGGCCUCACAGCACAUGUGUGCAUCCGGCCUCACAGCACAUGUGUGCAUCCGGCCUCACAGCACAUGUGUGUAUCCGGCCUCACAGCACAUGUGUGCAUCCGGCCUCACAGCACAUGUGUGCAUCCGGCCUCACAGCACAUGUGUGCAUCCGGCCUCACAGCACAUGUGUGCAUCCGGCCUCACAGCACAUGUGUGCAUGGCUGCAUUGCCCAUACGUGCGUGCAGGUUGGAGCAUGCAUUGUCGGCAGCGACCAUGUCAUUCUGGGUAUUGGGUACAACGGCUUUCCCCGGGGCAUCUCAGAUGACCUUCUGCCCUGGGCCAAGCCCAGCCCAUGUGCCUCUCACUACCCUCUGCACACCUCUCCCUGCACCCCCUCCUUUGCUCUUUAUCGCUACGUGUGUCAUGCGGAGGUCAAUGCGGUGCUCAACAGGAACCACGCCUCCGCGCUAGACCAGGCGGGGAUCAAAGAGGUCAUUUUCUUCUCAGACAAGCCACCCACUCGCAACCCCAAGGACAUUGCUUACGCUGCUUCUAGGAAACUGCUGGAGCUGGCAGGGGUAAAGGUGUGGCAGCACUGCCCGCAACAGGAUUCGCUUACCCUUUCGUUCUCCUAA